GCGGAAGUAGAACGUUAGUGGUGGCUCUCCAUCAGUCAGCUGUGUAACGUUAAAGCCGCUUGGCAGUAACGCUUGUGUUUCCUGAGGAGGGGGGGACCAACUAACCGCCAUCAUGUCCAGCAAAAGGGCCAAGGGGAAGAACACCAAGAAGCGUCCUCAGCGCGCCACGUCCAAUGUGUUUGCUAUGUUUGACCAGUCUCAAAUUCAGGAGUUCAAGGAGGCCUUCAACAUGAUCGACCAAAACAGGGAUGGUUUCAUUGACAAAGAAGACCUUCAUGACAUGCUGGCCUCAUUAGGUAAGAACCCCACAGAUGAGUACCUGGAGAUAAUGAUGAACGAAGCGCCGGGCCCAAUCAACUUUACCAUGUUCCUCACCAUGUUCGGAGAGAAGCUGAACGGCACAGAUCCUGAGGAUGUGAUCCGUAACGCUUUUGCCUGCUUUGAUGAGGAAGGCACAGAUGGAUCGACUCAUCCCACAGGUAUAAUCCAGGAGGAGUACCUGCGGGAGCUGCUCACUACGAUGGGCGACAGGUUUACGGACGAAGACGUGGAUGAGCUCUUCCGAGAGGCGCCCAUCGACAAGAAAGGCAACUUCAACUAUGUAGCAUUCACACGCAUACUAAAGCACGGCGCAAAGGACAAAGAUGAUUAGCGACAGAAGCAACCCUAAUCAAGGUUUAUUCUGUACCUAUUGUGUAUUAUUAUGGGUUUCCACUCAAGUUAGAACAGCUAUGUCCCGUUAUUUGGCUCAUGGCAAGCGUCACUGUGGUAUAGCUCACUGAAGGUCAUUUGUUUAAGCUGCUUGUGGGACCACACUGUACAUCUGGAUCCCCCCUACUCUAAAAGCUCAUUUGCACAUCUGUGAAAACACUAUAAGGGUCUGUAUAAGCUAGUUAAGAUGUAUGAAAAGACCCACAUGGAUAAAGCUGGAAAUAAAAGGAAACAAGGAGGUUGUUGUCAGGACUGUUUUGUUUUUAAUUUAUUUGUAUUUUGUGGGAAAUUAAAGUUUCAAGAUUAAAUUGUGUUC